AUGUUUUAAUAAGUUUUCUUCAUAUUUUUAGGUUGCCUUAACCUUGUCAAUUCUUAAUGGACGAUCCGAUAUAGCCUUUUAUAUUUGAAUACUUAUUUUUAAGAUGACUUUGCACCAAAUUAUAUAAACUACCCUUUCGUUGAAGGGACUAAUUUCUUUAUGAUCCCAUUAGAAUUUAAUAGGACAGCGAACUUUAUCAAUUGUACAAAUCCAAGUACUAGCUAUAUAACUUUGGAUUAUGAAUAUCCCAAGGUUUAAUAUUAUUUUCUUAAAGAUGGAUAAUUUUAAGGAAACGGGUAUAUUCAUUAUUAUUAUAAUCACAUUCAAAGUUACUUCUACAAAGGAAUUUUAUGUUUUGACUUAUAUUUUUAAGGUAAUUGGACGAAUGGAAAGGUGACGUUUUCAAUUGGCUCAUUUAUAGAAGAUUAUUUUUAUGAUUCACCAGAAAACUAUACACUAAAUAGUUCUUUUUGUGAUGAUUUUUCAUAUGAUAUCAAAAAAGUUAAAAUUAACAUCCCUUAAGAUGUUUCUGGAGACUUUUAAUUUGGAAUUUUUAAUCAGAAUGAGAGUGGCUCAGUUUCAAUUAGAAAGAUUUAUCAAAUGCAUUACUAAUUUAGUUGCUAUCCUUCAUGCGAAAGCUGUACAGGGCCUAAAAAAAAUUAAUGUACAUAAUGUUAUUUUGGAACACCAACUAAUAAUAUUUGUCCCCCAUGUCCAUCAGACCUAUAUUACGUUAAAAAUGUAGGGUGUCGAUCGAAAUGCGAGUCUAUUUAACCAUUGUGUUUUGAUGGAUUUUGCAAUACUUGUCCAAGUAUACAUAAAUAUAUAUUGAAUUUAGAUAAUUUUUCAUUGGGAUUCAAUUAAGUUUAGUAUAAAAUAGCUAGCAACCCGAAUAGUUAUAAAGAUUUUUUAUUGUGGUCUAAAAUCUAUGACCCAAAAUUCAUUGAUGAUUCUGUUGAUGUAUUUAAUAUUACAUAUCCUAUGUUCUUUACAAUAUAUGGAAUAUUUAAAUAUAGCUCAGGAAUUAUGAGACAAAUUAAAAUAAAUAAUAUUUUAGGAAAUUAUCUUAAAGUUACAAUUAAGAUACUUGUCUUCGAUGGGUUUCCAUUAGAUUGUGGAAUUUAAUUUAAAUUUAAUAAUACUUAUGUUGGAUCAAUAUAUAGAAAUACUUCUGGAAUUUAAUUGCACAAAUUUAAGGAAUUCUAAUAAAUUUCAGUAGGCCCAUAAAAUUCAUAUUCCAGUUCGGAUUUAUAUUACAUUUAUGGUGUUUUUGACUAUCCUAAAUAUAAUAUUUUGUUUUCUGCUAUUGGAAAUUUUAGUGAUCCUUCAUUUGGUUGGGCAAUGAAAUCAGUUGAAUUUUAUAGUAGUUAAUGUACAAUUAACUGUUAAAGUUGUGACAAUGUAAGUUUGAAAUGCAAAAUAUGUUAUUCAAGUUUUCUAUUAUAUAGAGAUGGAACAUGCCUUCCUUCAAAUUAGUGUAAUGAACCCCAUUAAUAAAUGAUUUCAGAUUAUUGUAAGGAUUUUGAUGAUGAAACACCAUAUUCAUCACUAUUGAUAAAAGAAGAUUUGAAUCACUUUGAAUAAGAUUACUACCCUGAAUAUACUUUAGUAUCCUAAAGUGGUUUCAAUUUAUUAACAGGAUCUGAUAGAUAUUUUUCAUAUUGGGAAGGAAAAAGAAUUCUAGGUGGCUAAUUUAUUUGGGCAUAGGCUAGGCUUAGAAGGAUUCAUCAAAAUUUCGGUCCUCAUCAUAGUAUUUCGAUAGGUUUCUAUGUAUUAUUUGGUCCAGCAUUCCCAUCGGACGGAAAGUUUAUCUACUAAAUUGAUUCCUAAACAUUUUUUACGUCUACGUUUGGUGCUAGUACCUUCUCAAAUGGAACAAAACAAUAGAUAAUAAGAAAAAAAGUGAAUCAUUUUCAAAACGAUUUAGUAUUAGAAUUGGAGUGUUUUGGACCAAACAAUGAAGUAACUUAAGCUUAUUGCGGAUUUUAUAAUUAUUACUUGGCUAUUCAUUAUUGUUAACCAUAUUGUUUAGAAUGUACGGAUGAUAAAAGUUGCACAUAGUGGAAUAGUACUUAUAGUCCAACCCUAAUAUAAUUUUCUUAAGCAGAGUGCUAACUCAAUUAAUAUUUUGACUAGUAUAAAAUGUUGUGUGUCGAUUGCGAACCAACUUGUUCAACCUGUAAAUCAAAAAUCGUAUGUUUGACUUGCUUAAAUCCUACAUAUACCUUAACCAGCUUUGGAUGCUUUUGUAAGCAAAAUCAAUACGAAGAAUCUAGUUAGUGUUUUAAUUGUCCAAUUUAAUGUAAUUAAUGUUUAAGUUUAACCUAUUGCACUGAAUGUUUGUCUAUAAACAAUCGAAAAUUAUCAAAAGGACAAUGCCUCUGCUCAGAAGGUUAUUAUUAAAAAGAUCAAGAUCUUGUGUGUUUAUUGUGUGAUAAAUUUUGUGGUACUUGUUUUGGCCCAACUUCCAAUGAUUGCUUAACUUGCAAUAUUGAAGUGUUGAAUAUCUAAUUAGUAAAUUCCUCAUGUAUUUGUCCGAACAAUUCUUUUUAUGAUAUUUAAUUUAAUAGAUGUACAUUUUGCCAUUCAAACUGUUUAACUUGUUUUAAUGGCAGCAUUGAUGGAUGUUUAAGUUGUGAUUCUUCAUAGAAGAGAGUAUUAACAGGAUUAAAUUGUAGAUGCAACACAGGAUUCUAAACAUUAAAUAAUGUGUGUAUUUAAUGUCCUAAUGAUAUCGAUACAUCACUGUUAGAAUGCUAUAAAUAUUGUAAUAAUGGUGAUCGAAUAUGGCAUUUGAAUCCUUGUGCUGCUUGUGGAUCAGGUUUUACUUUAAUAUCUAAUGAAUGCAUUCCAAUUUGUGGGGAUCUUUAAGUUGUUGGAGAUGAGUAAUGUGAUGAUGGUAAUACUAUUUAAAAUGAUAAAUGUUAUAAUUGUUAAUUCUAAUGUCCGAUUAAUUGUCAGACUUGUGACAUCAACACUACUUUACCAUGCCCUGAUAUUUGUGGAGAUGGGUUAAUUACUGGCGAUGAAGAGUGCGAAGAUGGAAAUCAAGUGUAAUAUGAUGGAUGUUAUAAUUGUAAAUAUUAAUGUCAAAAUGCAUGUACUAAAUGUAUUAAGGGAAAAUGUACUGAAUGUGCUACUUUGGGAUGGUAAAUCGAUCUCUUGUCUGAACCACCACUUUGCAAUGAAGUUUGUGGAGAUGGUUUAAAAGUUGGAAUUGAAGAAUGUGAUGAUGCUAAUUUUAAUAACUUUGAUGGGUGUCAUAAUUGUAAAUUUUUAUGUAGGAUUGGAUGCUCUCUUUGUGAUUAAACACGUACAAAAUGCUUGAGAUGUGAAUUUCCGGGAUUUGAGCCUUAUUAAUACUAUUGUCAACCUAUUUAGAAUGAUGGUUUGCUUGUAUUUGAUCCAUAUGGAUUCUAUUAUGAAAAAGCUCAGUAUUAUUAUGGAUCCUGGUGUGAUGAAUAUUGUAAUAGUUAUUAUGGUACAUGUAAUGUUUGUGGUGGGGUUAAUGCUCAUUAUCCAUGUUAGCCAUUGGAAUGCACUAAUUGUUUUUAAGGAAGAUGUAUAUCUUGUAUUCCUGGAUAAUAUCUUUCAAGUAACAAUAUUUGUAAACCAUAUUGUAAUGAUGAUAUAAAAGCUUUAAACGAAUACUGUGAAGAUUCUUUUAUUUUGCCGUAUAGAGGCUGUUAAAAUUGCUAACCUAAAUGUUAAGAUUCUUGCUCUGUAUGUAGUACUAGAGGAUGGGGAUGUACUCAAUGUAAAAAUGGAUAUGAAUUGAAUGACUUUUUAUGUUAUUCUAAAUGUGGAGAUUUUCUAAUGACAUAUGAUAAAGAAUGCGAUGAUGGAAAUUUAAUUCCUGAUGAUGGUUGUCACUUCUGCAAAUUGAAUUGCCAAGCUACUUGCCUUAUUUGCAUAAAAGGGAUUUGCCAAGAUUGCGAAGAAGGCUAUCAAUUAAUUAAUUCAAGAUGUGUUGCUUUAAUAAAUGCUUUUGAAUAACAUCAAUAUUCAAAUUAUGUUGAAUGUUUGUAAUAAGAAAAGAAAAGGAUUAUAAAACAUACAAAUUAUGGAUGGAAUGAUAUUAAAUAAUAAAUUACUUUAUAGAAUACAUCUUGUAAAUUGUGCUUUUUAAACUGUGAAAUCUGUAAUGAAGACACUUGUAUAGGCUGUUUAUAAGGGUAUUAUUUUAAUGAAUAGCAGGAAUGUUAAUCUGAAUGUGGUGAUGGCAUUCUAGUAUAAGAGGAAGAAUGUGAAAUUAAUGACGAAAAUUGCUUUCAUUGCUUAUUUGUUCAUCCAUAGUAUUGCAAGUAAUCUUUAAAUGACGCAUGCGUUAAUUGUGAUGUUGGCUAUUAUUUAGAUUAAAUUAAAAUGAUAUGUACAUCAUACUGUGGAGAUGGCAUAUUAGCUCACGACGAAUAAUGCGAUUUACAAAAAAAAGGAUGUUUUGAUUGUAAGUUUUAGUGCAGUGAAGAUUGUCUAGAUUGUUAAGAUGGAUUAUGCUUGUCAUGUCAAGAUUCAUUUCGUGUUUGGGAUGGAGGUUGUCAUAAGGUGGAGCAAUUAGUCAAAUAAGAUUUGGAAUGCAAAGUAUAAAUUUAAGAUGUAUGCUUUUAAUGUUAUGAAUAAUAUGAGUUAAAUUUAAACGGUGAUUGUGUACCAUCUUGUUAAGACAGCUGUAUUAUAUGUAAAAUUGGACUGUGUUAUGAAUGCAAGGAAUCAUAUUAUUUAGAUUAAAAUAGUUGCUUUUUAAUAAAUGAAUGUUCAUCAUACUUUAUUACGGAUUUCUCUUUACUUGAGAAGACAUGUAGAAAUAUUUAGUAGUCGGAAUUCUUAAGAAAAAGUCAUAAUUAUAUAAAAUCUGAUGAAAUUUCUCAUUAUUUCAAAUUUCAAUUAGGAUAUGAAUUAGAUUUCAUUGAUUCAGAAUUUUUUUAAAAUUGGAUUUUCAUAAUCAAUUUGUUUAAUAAUUUAUCUGUUGAAAUAGCAGAAAAUGAGAUAUUUUAAGUUAAUACAGAUUUUGAUUAUUUUGAUUCAAAUUUUGAUCUUCAAGAUCACAAUUGUAAUACUCAUUGUGAGCUCUGUGUUGAUACAUAAUGUAUUCAAUGCUAAAUAGGGUAUUUUGUUUCAGAUUUUUCUUGUGUUUCUAUCUGUGGAGAUUAAUUGAUAGUAGAUAAUGAAUAAUGUGAUGACGGAAAUACAGAUCAGUAUGAUGGUUGCUAUGAAUGUUAAUAUUAAUGUUCGAAUAAUUGUGAAAUUUGCCAAAGAGGAAAUUGUAGUAAAUGCCUAAACCAUUUUGAAUAAAAUUCUCUCUAUCAAUGUAGGAAAAUAGAAUAAAUUCAAAUUGCUUCUAAUGAAUAAUAUGAUUGUAAAGCAGUGUAAAAUAAUUCAUGCUUAUUUUGUGAACAUGGAACUCUUGAAUCUAUAACUGGAAUUUGCAUAAAAAAUUAUCAAUUAGAAAACAAAUGUAUUGGUCAUUGUAGUCUAUGUUUGAAUUAAAAAUGUUAACAAUGUGAGUAUGGUUAUUAUGGAACGUAUUGCCUUGAAGGAGAUGGGACAAAUCUCCCAAUAUAACGGUGUAAUGAUUUCAAUUAAUAAGAAUCACUAAUUUGCAAAUAAUUUUAACAAUGCAAUUCAAAUUGCCUUUAUUGUAUUAAUAAAGAAUGUUCCCUAUGCAAUGAAGGAUACUUUUUAUUUAAUAAUGAAUGUAUUAUAAGAAAAGUUCACGCAGUUGCAUAUAGGAGUAAUAUUGAACCAGUAUGUGGAGAUGGAAUUGUUCAAAUUUUUGAAGAAUGUGAUGAUGGCAACAAUCGAUAGUUUGAUGGUUGUUAUGAGUGUAGAUUUUCUUGUGAUUAUAAUUGCUAUGAUUGCUUUUAAGGGAUCUGCUAAGCUUGUUAAGAUGGUUUUCUAUUGAAUACCAAUCAUUUAUGCGAUCCCUUUUGCGGAGAUAAUUUUGUUGUGCCAUAUUCAAAUGAAUAGUGUGAUGACGGUAAUUUCGAUUCUCUUGAUGGCUGCUAUAAUUGCAAAUACGAAUGCCAAAAUUUUUGUUUAUAUUGUAAUCAAAUACAAUGCCUGAAAUGUGAGGAAGGAUUUGGUAUUUUAAAAACUUAUUGUUUUCCUAAAUGUGGAGAUGGUAUUAUUAUUUAAGAAUUUGAGGAUUGUGAUGAUUAAAAUGAGGAACCUUAUGAUGGUUGUUACGAAUGCAAAUUUUAAUGUAGAAAAAAUUGCUUAUUAUGCAAUAAAGGUGUUUGUUUAGAUGAAUGUCCUGAAGGUAUGGUAUACGUUGGAGAUAUUUGUAUGAAAAAACAAUGCACAAUAAACUGUCACAAUUGUGAGAAAGGGGUUUGUUUAGAAUGUAAUCCUGGUUAUUUUUAUGAUGAUUAAGUUAAUUUAUGCUUAAAAGAUACUCAAUUUGAUUCUACCAAAAAUAAAUCACCUAUGGAAAUGGAUGAAAAUUAUUAUCUAUGUCGUCUUCUAGAAUGUGUUUAUUCACCAGCUCCAAUUAUGUAAAUGACUUUUCUAAAUCAAACCUUUUCUAGAUAAUUUGUACGAAUCUUUUUUGAUUAACCAGUUAAAUUGAAAGAUGAUGAGGAAGAAAUACAAUUCUAUUUCAAUUUUACUAAUUUACAGGAAACCGAUUACAUAAUUACUUUGCAUCCUUAAAUAAAAAUAUCUUCAGAAUAAAUAACAGUUGCUGAGUAUAUAGUUGAAAUUUCAAAUUUAGCUUAAUUAAAUGAAAAACCAAUCUUCUAAGCAUUUUGCUAAACAGAGGUCAUUAAUUCUUAUAACUAAACCCUCUAAAAUAACUUUACUUCCUUAAAGCUAAAUUACCCAAAAAUACUGUCUAGUUAAUAAGUAAAAUCUUCAUAAUUUAUGCAAAAUACCAAUAAAAUAUUCAUGUAUUCAGCUAUUUCAGUUAGUAUGAUAUCACUAUUUUCUGGAGAUUCUUCAUUCCUUCUAGAAACACUUGAUGUAUUAUAAUAACAAUCCUUCUUAAAAUUUAUAAAUGUAGAUUACCCUGAAAACCUUCAUAUUUAUUUUUAAGCAUCUGACAUGCUAACUGUUAGUACUUAUUUUAAUUAAAUAAAUUUGGAUUAUUAUUAUAAUCUUAUAACCAGAAAGUCCGAAACUUAUUAAGUAAAUGGCAAAUUUUAGCUUUAUGAUGUAGAUCCUGAUUUGAUUACUAGUUUACUCCCAUAAGUUCUUUAAUGUUCAGGGCUUGUACUCCUUUUAUUAUUGAGCAGAUCAAUAUAUAGGAUAUUUCAGGUGAUUAUGUCAAAAUAAAAGAUUUAUAAUUACUUUUAAUUUUAAUCUGGAGUCAUCAAGACAACAUUUCUAAAGGUGGCAACUACCUUGAGAAAUUAUGUAAUGAAUUUGAUAAAAAUAAGAAGGAAUUUGACGUUUAAUCAUUAUAAACAUUUCUUCUAAUUAAAUGCUUGGGAUCUGCUUUUUAAGGCAUUAUUACAGAUAAAUUUUUCUUCAUAUAAAGAAGCUAAAGGGUAUAUUCAACUGGUUGGUAGCUUUUUUUUGAUAUUUGUUUAUGGUUCAUAUAUAAUUGAAUUCUUAAGGAAUAAGGGAAAAUCAGAAAAAAUGUCAGAUUUUAAAACAAAUAUAUUUUCAUCGUUAAAUCUAUGUAGGAAAUUUAUGUUCCACUUUGUUUUGAUAUUUUUUUAAGAAUGCCCAACCUUAUAAUUUUUAUUACUAUCGACAAUCAACUUAACUCAAUGCUUCAUUAUUUAUAGAUAUGAAUAAAGUUCAAGUUUAGAUAAAAUGAUUUCAAUAUUAAAUGAAGGAACGAUAGGAUUUUUUAGCUUAACAUGUUUUCCUUACAAUGAUAUAAAUAGGAUAUAUUUUUCGAAUGAGACUAUUACAAAUACAGGAUUUAUACAAAUGGGGGCUCUUCUUGUAAAUUUAUUAAUCGUAUUUUUUAAAUAAAUGCUCCUUAAAGCGUAAAUUAUUUUUAAAAAAAGAAAACCAUAACAUAUUACGAAUUUGAUAUUGGAAUUUUGA